CACUUGUGUACAUAAUUCUUUGUUAUUAUAUUUAUAAAUAACAAUGUACAAGAAUUCAUGUGCAUUAAUAUUUAUUUUGAACGUAAUUUUAUGUAAGUGUGGUGUUAUUUUUCAUGAAGGCAGUAAAAUAACUUAUUUACCAGAUGCUUAUUCUAAAUAUUUUGGUUAUUCAGUUAUGUUAAGUGAGAUGGGCUUAAUAGUGGGAGCUCCAAAAGCAGCCAGUAGAGAUGGUAGGAAUAUAUCUCCAGGUUUAUUAUUUAAUUGUCAGCUGCAGAAUUUGGACGUUCGGAAUUCGACAUGUCGACCAAUGGGUCUUACUGUUGAUCCUUAUGGGAGUUAUUUUGGAAAACUUUUAAUUCAGCGUGACUUCAUCAGAGAUGAUAUGUGGUUUGGUGCAGCUAUUGUAAACAUGCCUAAAGGAAAAAUGAUGGCAUGUGCUCCGAGAUGGUCAACUCCAUACAAAGACAAGCACAUACUAGUAAAUGGAGCGUGCUAUUUGCUAUCACAAACAAGAGGAAUUACUAUGUUACCUUUGCAGGAAAGGAAUCGACAGGCUUAUAAAACUGAUGGAACCAGAAAGGAAUACGGGGACUAUGGUACCCAUUUAAAUUUUUACGCCUAUGGUCAGAGUGGAAUAUCAGUUAAGGUAACAGAGAGCAAUUCAGUAAUCAUCGGAGCUCCUGGUUUACUGCAAUGGGCAGGCGGUAUAAUUGAUUACAAGUACGAUCCAGAUGAAGGUUCCAUGUUUAUUUCGAAACAACCUACAACAAAUCCUUAUUUUACGAAAGAAAUUGGACCUGAUGAUUAUUUUGGUUACAGUGUGGAAUCAGGAAUUUUUGGACCCAAUAAGAAAACUUUAUACGUAGGAGGAGCACCUCGAUCAAAAUCUGGCUACGGACAGGUUCUUAUAUUUGAACCAGCUACCAGAGAAUAUGCACCUUUAAAUGUGGUUAAAAGCCUCAAAGGUCCCCAACUGGGCUCUUAUUUUGGCUCUAGUCUUUGCUGUAUGGAUAUCAAUGGAGAUGGUAUAUUAGAUCUUCUUGUGGGAGCACCAAAUUUUAUUUCCAAAGUAGGGGAACUACAAUACGAUCAAGGAGCUGUUUUUGUUUACCUAAACAGCUGGAAGGGUUCUAAUUUUACGCUAAGUCUAGGAAGUUUUGUAUCGGGUUCCAAUUUGAACGGAGCUAGAUUUGGCAGUGCAAUUGCUAAUAUGGGUGACGUGGACGGAGAUGGAUACAAUGACGUCGCUAUCGGAGCACCAUGGGAGAACUUUGGUGAAGGUGCUGUAUACAUUUACAGAGGGGGAGAGAGGGGUAUCAGCAGUAUGUAUAUACAAAAGAUCCUAGCCAAAGGUGCUCAGAGUUUCGGUAUAUCAAUCUCAAAAGGAUUUGAUGUCGAUAACAAUAAUUGUAGCGAUUUAGCUGUCGGUGCAAUAAACAGUGAUACAGUUUAUUUAUAUAGAUGCGUUCCAACAAUAGAAGUGUACGCCAGCAUUAAAGUUCCGGAUGCAAUGAAUAUACCACACAAUGCUACCAACUUUACAGCUAUUUUCUGCAUUGAAGCUAAGGAGCAAAUUAAAUGGCCCCACGUUAAAACAGUUUUGAAUGCAUCAAUUCAUGUGGACCCUGACGGAGGGAGGGCAUGGAUAUCAAGCGAUGCAGAUUACCAAGUCACUAUAAAACCGGGGAACAAAGCAUGCGAGGAGCAAACGGUACAAAUUAAGCCCACAGCGGACUUGUCGAAGCCAAUCACCAUUAACUUUGAGUUAAUUCAUUGUAUUGUAUUAGAAGAUGAUUCACCUUUAUUUUUACGUAAAGCAGCAAGAUUAUCGGAAAAUUCUAAAUUGCAUUCUUCCUUCGUUAUCCAAUUAAAUAGAGAAUGUGGCGAAGAUCUUAUUUGUAAGCCAUUACUAGAAAUGACUUUAAAAGGAUUAAGCAACCCAUACAUUCCAGGUUCAGAUAACAAACUUGGUAUAGAAGUAACUGUACUUAAUAAGGAUGAACCAGCUUACGGUGCUAAAGUCCAUUUAAUGUUACCAACUUUACCACAAAGGUUACCAAGCGAAUGUGCAUUAAAAAAACUAAACGUAACAUGUGAUGUACCAGCACCAUUAUAUAGAAAUGAAUCAGUCACAUGGGAAAUUGAAUUUGAAUAUACACAGAAUGAUUCAUUUAUAAAUGAAAUAAAUAUCGAAGCAAUACUAGAAGAUCCACUGCAUAGUAAUAAUGAAAGUGACAAAGUGAUAAAAGAUCUUACUAUUAUUAUUAAACCAGAAGCAAGUUUUAAUAUAACUGGAACCGUGCAACCAAAUAAAACAAUCGCAGUGUCAAGAGACGGUCUCGGCAACGGUGAUAGCGUGUCUUUUGUACAUUACUUUGAGAUCAAAAACUUGGGACCAUCGAACUGUUACAAUUUAACGGCUCUUUUAUUAAUUCCUGAUAAGACGUAUCUAUCAAAUAAGAUAGAUGGAUGUGAUAAAGAAGGUUACAGCCUUCAGUGCACCUGGUCUCUAGCCGCAAGAGCCUCCAAAACAAUAGCACUUACUUACAAGUUUAACUUAAGUUUACAUGGUGAUUAUUUAAAAGAAAUAACAAUGUUAAAUGCUACAUCAACAAUCAUUUUAAAAGACCAAAAUACUAACUCGUCAAUGAUGACUACGCUAGUUUUGGAUCCGCCAACACCUCUCUGGCCUUUAAUAGUAGGAAUCGUGGCUGGAGUUUUUACAUUGGCAGCAGCAGUCUACGGUCUGUACAAGCUUAAUUUCUUUGAAAGAACAAAACGAGACGAUAUGAAACGGCUGCAAGAAGAAAUAGACAGCUCCAGCUCACUUGGGGAGUUAAAUCUAGACAAUGAUGAUUGCACACAAGAUAUACAACUAUCUGAAGAUUCUGAUUGAGCAGAAAAUAUACAUACGAGAGGUGACAUCGACAGAAAAGGGAGGUUAGGAAAGAGACUUUUCAUAGUGUAUUAAAUAUCAUCAUCUCUUCCUAUUCCUUCGGUAAGAAUUUGUAAAUAUCAUAUUCACGACAUUUGUAUAUAUGUAUUUCAAAUCUCAAAAUAAUAUUUAAGUACAUAGUCUUAAAUCUUUUACCAAAGAAUUACUUAA